CUCUGUUAAAUGUAAAUAUAUCUUUAAAGUACAUACAAUACCCUUUAAAUUACAUUACUGUGAGCAAGCAUUUUCACGAGGCCAAACGAGACUGACCUAGUUCAGAGGAAAAUAACAUCAAAACAAAAAUGGCCUUAUCCGUGAGAGGUUCCACGCUUAAAACUUUAUGGAAGCUAAAUGGAUUUCUAAAGACAUUCCCAGCUUGCAGCAUUGCUGUGCGAUUAUUCGGUCAGCCAGCCCCUCAAACACACCCUCAUCUUUUAAAUACUGGGGAGGUCACUCCUGGAAUCUCAAAAGAGGAAUUUGAAUUCAGGAGGAACAAACUGGCCAAUAUUAUAUCAGCUCAUGAUGCAGCUUCAACAAGAGGAGACGAAUCAAAGAACCAUCUUGUUAUCAUCCCAGGGGCACCUGUGACUUACAUGAGUACUGAUGUCCCCUAUGUCUUCAGGCAGAAUACAGAUUUGUUAUACCUCACUGGAUUUCAGGAGCCAAACAGCGUACUGGUUCUUGAAGUUGGGAGGGAAAACAAAAAACCUGUGUACACAUCGUUUCUUUUUGUACCCAAGAAAGAUGAAAAGAGAGAGUUGUGGGAGGGGUUGAGAUCUGGAGUAGAAAAUGCUCCAAAAUUAACAGGAAUUGAAAAUUGUCAAAAUAUCGAUGACCUAGAAAAGUAUUUGGAAAGUUAUCUGAGACGCAAUAGAAUAUUCACACUAUGGUGUGACUAUGCACGGCCUGUGAACAGGGAACUGCAUGAUGGUGUAAUAUCUAAAUUUAUUCAACAACAAAGACAUUUAAAUAUCUAUAAUCCCAUUAGGAGGGUACAGGGAAUUAGGAUAAAGAAAUCUGAGGCUGAAAUUAGGCUGGUGAAACAGAGUACAAAGAUUGGUGCUCAGGCUUUGACAGAGGUGAUGAAGUAUUCGUAUCCUGGGGUCAAUGAAGCACACCUAUAUGCCAAAAUGGAUUUUGAAUGUCGUGUACGAGGGGCUGAAAUGUUAGCUUAUCCUCCAGUAGUAGCAGGUGGUAAUCGUGCCAACACUAUCCACUACAUAAGUAACAACCAGCUCGUCCAUGAUUCAGAGCUAGUAUUAAUGGACGCUGGAUGUGAAUGUCAUGGCUAUGUCAGUGAUGUUACUAGGACAUGGCCAGUCUCAGGGAAAUUUACUGAAGCUCAAAGAGAAGUGUAUGAAGCAGUGCUGAGAGUCCAGAAGCAGUGCAUCCAGUGCUGUGUGGCCAAAAGCUCCCUGGAUUCAAUAUUUCAGUACAUGCUGAAGCAAAUAGGACUAGAGUGUCAGAAACUUGGAAUAUUACCCAGACACUUGUAUGGAGCUGAGUUGUCAAAUCAAGCCAGAAUGAUUUGUCCGCAUCAUAUCGGACAUUAUCUUGGAAUGGACGUCCAUGACACCAGCCUGAUGUCCUGUAGCCUUGACCUUGAACCUGGAAUGGUGGUCACCAUAGAACCUGGUAUUUAUCUCCCAGAAAAUAAUCUGAGUAUACCAGAGAAAUACCGAGGAAUGGGUGUGAGGAUCGAGGAUGAUGUCCUCAUAACAUCUCAUGGUCCAGAGGUACUGACAAGUCUCUGUCCAAAAGAGCCAGACGAUAUCGAAGCUUUGUUAAAAUCGAGAUAGAUGGCAUUAUAAGGAAUAAUGUCUUAAAUUUUGUUCCAUUUAGUUAUUUAUUUGUUUCUUUCUUUCUUUUAUUAUUUUUAUGAAAAUGAGAUGUCAGAUUGUUGAUAUUGAAAAAAAAUAAGAAGAAAUCAAAACAGACAGCUUUGAUAUUUUUAUACAUAAUAUGGUAAUUGCCAUGUUUUUCAAUGGUCAGGAGAUAAGAACUGGGUAUGAAAGACACAUUACUUCUCACAGUUAUAGUAUUAUGAUGAAGACCUGUUCAUUUGAAAGAACCAGAUUAUACAAAAAUCAAUGUGUUAAAGUAUAGAUACUUGUUUUUGAAGUUUAUGUUAAAAGAUAUUGCCUUAUCCAAUACAGGACUUAGAGAAGAAUCAGAUAUGCAGUUUUGUUAAGUUUCACUGCUUGAAGGUAUCAAAACAAACACAGUUUGUGUGCUGAUUUUUUUAGCUCAUAACCCAAAGCAGAAACUGAUACUGACAAUAUUAUUUUACUGGCUUAUCUCCACUAUUACUGGCAUUUGGCCUUGGGCACUUAGUCUUUAGAAUGUAAUUUGCAGACACUCUUAAUGUCUUGGCUUAGUUAAAAUCAGUAUAGAUGACGCACAUUAUAUGUUUGCAGUAGGAUGGACUAUUUUUGUAUGUUUUAGAUAUUUAUAUUAUAAGAUAAUUGGAUGGACUAACAUUAUACUAGAUGUAUAUUAGGGACAAUCUCAUUACCUCUGUGUAUUCUCUUAGAACAAGUUAUUAAAGCAAGACUUAAAAAUAAUUUGGGUGAGCAUUUCUUAAAAAGUAUUUCAAAUCUUCAUUAAUUUUUAACUUCUUUUAGUAAGCCCUUAAUGGUAAAAGAAUGGCAAAUAUUUUCUUUUGCAUGGUUAUAAACAAAAUUGUUUAUUGAAAAAAUGUGCUGGAUGGAAAAAAGAUGAAGUAAUUUUUGGUCAUCAUGGAGAAAAUGUUGCUCAAAUGUUUUAACCAGUAAUUAUAUAAAAUUAGAAAAAAAUAAAGGAGGUCUUACAUUGGG